AUGGCACUGAAAGCCAAUCUCAAGAAAUCGGUGGACCCGUGCCAUGACUUCUAUGCGUUCGCGUGCGGGGGUUGGGAGGCGUCCCAUAAACUACCCGAUGAUAAAGACUGGUUAACACGGUCGACAAGUGAUUCAAAUGCUGUGACCUAUGCCUCCGAUCUCUUUAAGGCGUGUAUUGAUGAAGAAACACGUAAUACCAGGGGAAUGAUCCCUCUUAUAGAGGCACUGAAAUCAGUGGGCGGUUGGCCUAUAAUGGGACAGUCGGGUGGCUAUAAUGAGACCAAAUUUGAUUGGAAGGACGCGUUUGUCAAGCAAUUCGUCAAAUAUGGCGUUUCAUCCAUAUAUUCAUUGUCAGUAUUCCCGGACUCUAGCGAUACUCUUGUCAAUAGAUUAUACUUUGACAGUGACCAAUUUGUCCUCAAUUAUCCGGCAAUUCCACAGCCUAAUGAUAAUAAGCAAUAUGAAAAUCCCGAUUCUGCGAGAGCUUAUAAGGAGUUUAUACUACAAACGGCAUUACUAUUGGGCGCUACUAAUGAUAGCCAAACUCGCAAGGAUGUGGACAAUAUAUUUUUAUACGAAGAAGCACUAGCAAGGAAUAAGCAAUAUGAAAAUCCCGAUUCUGCGAGAGCUUAUAAGGAGUUUAUACUACAAACGGCACUACUAUUGGGCGCUACUAAUGAUAGCCAAACUCGCAAGGAUGUGGACAAUAUAUUUUUAUACGAAGAAGCACUAGCAAGGACUAAGUUAAACUAA